AGAGGGUGCCUCUUGUCUCUCCAUGGAUUUCAGUGGAUUUGGCCCAAAGAAGACUAUUUGCCUGCCUUGAGGCUCCUCUUCUUCGUCUUCAUCCAUCUCCCUUUUUAAGUCUUUUCCCCCCUCCACUGCCGAAUGGGUGAUUCUGAAGAUGCCCAGCAAGGGUGGGUUCUUCUCACCGGCGUGUAUCACCUUCUCCUUGGCGAUGCUUUUUGAGCUGAACUUGAGAACCAGAAGCCUGAAUCCCUGUUUGGAGGUAGUCCCAGGUCACUCAUACAGAUGUAUGGAGCUGAACCUCACUCAGAUCCCUUCAGGCAUCCCAAACACUACCCAGAUCUUGGACCUGAGUUUCAACCCGCUGAAAAUCCUGCACUCCAACGGCUUCUCCGCCGUUUUUGCACUGAGAUCUCUGGACCUCGCUAGGUGUCAUCUCUGGAAGAUCGAAGACCGUGCCUUCAUGGGACUCAACAGCCUUUCGGUCUUGAUCCUGACCGGCAAUCCCCUCCAGAUCCUGGGACCAAGGGCUUUCCACAGUUUACCUUCUCUGCAAAGAUUUGUUGCUGUCGAAACCAACUUGUUCUCCUUGGCCACGUUGCCCAUCGGGCACCUGACUUCUCUCGAAGAGUUGAAUUUGAGCCACAACCACAUCGGUUCCUUGAAGCUCCCCGGUUAUUUCUCCAACCUCGUCUCCCUCCGGCACCUGAGCUUCCAACUGAACGAGAUCUCCUCCAUCUCGGUCGGAGAUCUGGACCCUUUAGCAAGCCGUGACGUGAUGUUGGUGCUGUCGAGGAACGAUCUAAAGCAUAUUGAGCGGGGCGCCCUGGCGGGAAUCCGCCUUCGGCAACUGGUUUUGAGAGGCUGCUUUGAGGAUAGAGCCGUGAUGCGAAGCAGCCUCCAGAACAUGUCCGGUUUGCACAUCGACAGCUUAUUGUUAGGAGAAUACAGAGAUAUCGACAAAGUGGACUUCAUGGACAGAACACUUUUAGAUGUCCUGUGUGACUUACAUUUACAGGAGCUCACUGUUAUUGAAAUGUACGCUCUAGGCUCUGGAAGCACCUGCUCGCCUUGCCUCAACAAUAUUUCCAUGGUGCGGGUGGUCCAUACUAAUGUCCGCGAACCUUUUGAGUUUCCAAGCAACUCCAAUAUUUCCCAACUUGAGUUCAAGAACUGCGCACUGGAUGCAGUGCCUGCUACAAUCCUUUCUGCCCUAUCGAAGCUGAGAGUGCUUCGCAUCACUCACACAAAAUAUCUCAGGGACUUUGAGACGUAUUUUAAGGGCCUCCAACAUUUGGAGACCUUGGACCUCAGCGUUAACAGGCUGGUCACUCACCUGUCCUGGGUUGGACUCCUGGAAGGGGCCCCCAACCUGAAGCACCUCAACCUCAGCUUCAACACGGAGAUCAGGUUAAAUAUUGAAUGCAGCGGCCCAGGCAAGCUGGAAUAUUUGGAUUUGCAGCACACCGCCCUCGCCACGCCUGGGACCGUUCCUUCGUUUUUCUGUCUCCACCGUCUGAUUUAUCUUGAUAUUUCUUACACGGACACCGUGGUUAUAGCGCAGGGUUCGUUCCAUGGCUUGCACAGCCUGCAGGUGCUCAAAAUGGCAGGCAACAGCUUUGCCAACAAUCAGUUGGUUGACAAUUUCCGGAAUCUCACCAAGCUGCACUUUUUAGACAUUUCCAAUUGCCAACUCAGCCAUAUCUCUCUCAGUAGUUUAACCUCCCUCCGUGAACUCCGGCUGUUGAACGUCAGCCAUAAUAAACUGCUGGGUCUCCACCCAGAGACCUACCUGCACAUCCCUCUUCUCACCACCCUGGAUUUUCACAACAACCAGUUGUCUGCUUUGACGGAGGAGGAUCUGAAGAACUUACCUGCCGGCCUGAAAUAUCUGGACCUCUCUGAGAAUCUUUUUGAUUGCUCUUGCAAUCAUGCGGGAUUCUUGCGGUGGGCAAAAAACUCCUCAGCCCUCCUUCGGAAUGUCCAACACAUGCUCUGCUAUAGCCCCCCGGAGUUAAAAAAUGUGCGAGUGAUGGAUUUCGUCUUGGCAUCCUGCGGGAUCAGCAUAACCACGGUGGCUGUUUCCGUGACCGUCGUCCUGGUCCUGAUCGUCAUCGCGAUUCUGUGUUAUAAAUACUAUUUCUACCUCUACUACGGCAUGGUGCUCUUCCUCAGGAACAGGUCUUCGGAUGAGAAGGAGACCAUCUACGAUGCAUUUGUGAUCUUCUCCAGUAAGGACCAGGAAUGGGUGAAACAAGAACUGCAGCAACCUCUGGAAGAGGAAUUGCCCUACUUCCGCCUGUGCCUUUUCUACCGGGAUUUCAUCCCUGGCGUUUCCAUCAUCACCAACAUCAUCAAAGAAGGCUUCCAGAGCAGCCGAAAAGUCAUUGCCGUGGUCUCCGAUGACUUCCUAGAAAGCCGUUGGUGUAACUUCGAACUGGAGGUGGCCCAGUCUUGGCAACUUGUGGAAAGCAAAGCCAGCCUCAUCUUCGUAGUCUUAGAAGGGGUGGACAAAGCAGCGCUAAACCGCAAACUGGGCCUGUUCCGUUAUCUACGGAGGAACACCUUCUUGAACUGGAAGGACCGGGACCUUAGCCGCCAUGUCUUCUUAAGGCAGUUGAGGUCGGCCUUGCUUGAAGGCAAAACAUGGACUGAAGAUGAACUCAAGCUAAUGUUGAAAAGUGGGUGAUGUCUAUUUUUGCUGCCCAACUGAGCCGGUCAGUCUAAUUUCAGGAAGCCGUCAAGAAUAGGCGGUCUCACCUUUAGAAUUUCCAUUUGGGACCUAAUAUCCCAUGCAUGGAGAUUCUCAGCCAUCCAGGUCGUGGUUGUCCCAAUGGCAGAGGUAAGCUGCAGACGGUUUGCACUUGUUCAGGAAAACUGGUAGUUAAGACUAUGCACAGUUCGGCAAACUGGCAAAUCCCACUACUGGCUGGCCCCACCCCACUCAUUUUUCGGCCUGUUUACUGGGCCAUUUUCAGGCUGUUUUUUGGGCUGUUUUUGGCCCCCAAAACAGCUUGAAAACUGCCCAAAAAUUGCCUGAAAAACACCCCCAAAAUAGGCCAAAAAAUGGGACAGGGCGGGGCUAGCCAGUGGUGGGAUUAGCCCCAACUGGCUGAAUCCUAUCUCUGCCUUUAAGGCAAGUGGCUGGGAGGCGGAGCUGGGUGUGAUGAGUGACAUCACCUACCCAGUCACAUGACCAACUGGCCAUGCCUACCCAGCCAGAGGACCGGUUGUUAAGUUA